AUGUCUAACUCCCCCCCCUCCGUGAGUGAACAAAAACAUUUUGGUCACUCACGGAGGGGGGCUAAAUUUUUUGUUUUAAAACAAUUUAUAUAUAAAAAUUUUACAAAAAAUAUUUUUUUUCGAAAUUUAAAAAAUCCUAAUUCACAAAAAUUGGAAAGCAAAUAUUAAUUUAAUUUAUAAAAUUUAUGUUUUAAAAAGCAAUUCGUUUAAAAUUAAACAGAAUUAGCUCUAGAUUUCAUUAUACUAAUUAUCAUUUAUAUAUCAAAAUUUUUUUCCAUAAAAAAUUUUUCUAUUAAAAAAUUUUUGUUCACUCACGGAGGGUGGAUUUUUAGGCAAAAAAAAGAGAUUUUUCUAAUGGUUUUGUUCACUCACGGAGGGGGGGAGUAAGCAACUUCAAGAACCUCUAAUUCCAAACAAUCGCAGCGUUUCUCCUCCCUCUUCUCCCGGUAAUUCUCACCACGGCAGCUUUGCACAAGAAGAAAAAGGCCGAGCAGCCACAAGCCAACUGAGCAGAAUGAUUGGUGGCGAUGGUCCAUCCCAUACAAGCAUGCAAAUAAAGCCUAACAAAGUCCCUGUCGUGAUCCACUACUGAAGCCAAUAUAACGACGGUGAUCAUUACAUGCAAGAAAUAGAAGUUUUUCAAAAUGACCGAGUUUUUGACGUGAUUACAAGGGCGUCAGAAUUUUUCUCUGCAAAAUACAGUGCUCCUCGAGACCCUUCUGCAUAUUUAUUAAGAUUUGCUGAUAAGAAAGGCAAGCCAAAGACAGAUAUGCCAGUUCUUGACUCAGGGCAGUCUGUUAUUGAGACAAAUUUUGUGAGAUUUGCAUUGUGUGAAAAAAGGUUUGACGAAAAAUCAAGGGAUAAGAUGCAGCCUGUCGUCAAUUUAGAUGACGAGACUAGUUUCACAGCUCCUGAGACUCCAGUAGCAAAGCAACCAGCUGUAGAAGAGAAAAGGACAAUUAAGAAGAAGAUUUGUUGCUGUUUUACAAGUAGCGAUUAA